CAAACUGACUCCCACACUCGGCCAUUUCCCCCUCUUUAGGCAUCCUCUCACGAUGCUUAAGCGCCCAGCCCCCACCGCGGCCGCGGCGACUUCCACGCCGGCUGCCGCAGGCUCGACACCGCCGUCUCCGUCUCCACCUGCUGCCAAGAAGAAGCGGCGCUCGCAGCCCAUGGGCAACCUCACGAACCUGCAGAAGCGGCAGCUGUGUAUUAAGUUCUCGCAGGUCAAAAUGACGCAGCAGGAGCUGUGCCACUGGGCCAAGCGCGAGUUCCAGCUCACGCACCUGCCGCACCAGUCCACCAUCUCCAAGAUCUUGGCGCGCUCCGAGGAGUUGACGCAGAUGGCGCCCAGAGACCUCUCAGCGCGUCGUAAGGGGCUGGUCACGCACCCGGAGCUCGACACGGCGCUGUGUAACUGGGUGCUCUGUGCGCGUCACAAUGGCCUCAAGAUCUCGGGCGACAUCAUCAAGAGCCAAGCACGCUCACUAGCCUCACAGCUCGGCAUCGCGUCCACUAUGAGUUUCUCUAACGGCUGGCUCGGUGGCUUUAAGAAGAGAUACAACAUCCGUCUGGGCAGCGCCGCCGCUGCCAUGGACGGCGUCAACGGUGUGGCCAUGACCAGCAGUAUUGGCUCUCUCGAACAACUGCAGAGCGUCGCGCGCGUGUAUGACCCACGCGACGUCUACUGUAUGCACGAAACCGGACUAUACUACGAGCUGUCGCCCGAGAAACCCGCGGGACGCGGCCGCGCAGCCAGGAAGGAGAACUGUGGCGAGCGACUCACCGUCGUAUUCACAGUCAACGCAGACGCUAGCGACAGGAUGGAGCCCAUGUUCAUCGGACCCGGUAAACUACCCGAACCUACCGAAGAGCUGGACACAGACUCGCGUAAUUUUCACUACCAGAACAACAAACGCGCGUGGAUGACACCCGUCAUGUUCCAGGACUACAUCUCAGCUAUCGACACUCGGAUGCGAGACGAAGGUCGCUAUAUUCUUCUACUUGUAUCAACCGCGCCGUCUCAUGUUGCGCUUGGACUCGAACUCACCAAUGUGCGUCUGGAGAUCCUGCCGUCGCCUAUGGAGCCGCUGCCUAUUUCCAUGCAGACGUCCAUGCAGGUGAGUGCAGAGGACAACGCCAGUCUGUCGGCGGCUUCGGAGUCCAUCGCAGCGACGGACGUGAACGACACGCCCAUGCCGGAAGCAGAGCAGACGCUUACAGAGGCGACGACGACGAAACUGCAGCCGGAGAGCGAAGUCUCGACCUCGUCAGUGGCCGAUCUCAACAACUCGGCAGCGAUGGCGGCCAUGGCGUCGAGUAUGACGACAGUGACGACUCUACAGCCGUUGGACGCGGGACUUAUUGCGGCGUUUAAGCGCCGGUAUCGACGCUAUCAUAUGCUGUACGCGCUGGACCGCUUCGAAGCGGGACGACAGGAUGUCUUCCAUGUGGAGCAGCUGCAGGCCAUGCGUUGGGCGCGUCACUGCUGGAAGCAGGAGAUCCCGGAGGAGAUUAUUCGCAAGUGUUGGGCGGCCACGGAGAUCCUCGUGCCCAAGCCGAACCCGGAGACGAUGGCAGCGUUCGAGUCGAUCGAAGAAGAUAUCGACAAGGAAAUCUGUGACACUGUGUCGGCUCUCGAGAUCCUGCGACCGCUGCCUAUUGACGAAUUUGUGAACCCACGCGACGAGAACACUGGAAUCCAUUGCGCCGGACUGGAAGAAACGGACUUCAUCUUCACCGUCCCGGACAAUGCAGGCAAUGAGACCAAACCCAACAGCAAGAAGACGUCGCCUAAUGCCGCGGACGGUGCGAAGCAACAAGUAAUCAUGCCACCGACCGAGUUGACGCCGCGUCUGCAGGAGCUACACGCCCGUAUUGAAGCGUCAGCGUCGUCUGCUGCUGCUGCCGCUGCGUCGGGUCUGGGUCUCACGCCGUCGUUGACUACGAUAACUACAGGGGACAGUACAUCAACGGCUACAGGCAGCGUGGAGGAUGUGCUGGGCUUAUCGUCGUCCGCUACGAAGUCUGUCGAUGGACCAGCGACGAACGAGCAGCUCAUCGAGUGCUUUAAGGUGCUGCUACCCGAGCUGGAUCGACUACGAUUCGAUGACCACACGAAGAAGAGCAUCCGUACAACGUUCCGAAAACUUAAAGAGACAGCCGAACAGCAAGCGCUUGACCGCAAGCGCGGCAUCACAAAGCACAAACCUCAAGCACACCAGCACUCACAGUUCCAGACUCAGGUUCAGAUGCAGGAGCAGCAAGCACAGGCUCUGCAGGAGAUGCAGCAAUUGCAACAGCAACAGAUCCAGCAGAUGCAUCAACAGCUCAUGAUGCAGCCUGAUCAGCAAGCUCAGGCCAUGGCGAUGGCCGCCCAGGCGUCUCAAAUCGGCGAGAACACAGUCUUGUAAAUGUUUGUCUAUAAACACAGUUAUGGUAUCGUUCACCUGAUGCCCUAUCGGAUCCCUAUCGAGUCUCUAUCGGAUCUCUAUUGAUUGCUGCUCACUACAGUAGUGGUUAGUCGUUACGUAAAUGUGAUGGAUGACUCGUUCGUUAUCGCAGUUUGAAGCGAGGACUGGAGCUGCGAUGCAACUCUGUACGAUCGCAGUGAUGGAGCUCACGAGAAGGAUCUAGAGAUCCAUCUCUAUCUGGUAUUACAGCUCUAUUUUAUUAUAGUCGAUCAAUGCAGGACUAGAGCACUAAAGCCCGUGUUCAACGCAGUGGAAUCUUCGAGCCGCACAUACUGCAGCGCGUUCUGGAUCUGUACCUGCCGACGCGCGACUGUAUCCAUGUC